GCUGGCGCUAGCUUUCUCUGUCUGAGGGUCGGACUGCGCGUCAGUCUGUCUCUGGCGCGCUCGCCCCCCUCCCCUUGGGGGAGGAGAUGUUAUUUCCCUCCUUUCUCCUCGGAAGGGUCAAGAUUUUUCUGGAAGAGGUGCCCCUUUAAAGGGGCAGGAGCCUUGGCUGGGGUUCUCCCUUGUCUCAUGAGUAUCUCGUGGGGGUACAGGGGGUAGGGUCUAAUUGCAGAAACUCCUCGUUCUUCGGGGACCUGGGUGGGGUGGGCAAGUGGGGCUUCUGGGGUCCUGAGGAGACCUCUGGGGGUGUUGGGGGUAUUUGGACGCGUGUCUGUGGGAAGGGCUGUGUGGGAUGAGACGCUCCCGCCAAAAAACUGGACUGUAAGCUCCUUGCGGGCGAAACUCCUUUUCCUCAGCAGCCGCCCUUCCCUCUCCAGAAUUUGCCCCCCGGUGCCUGGAGGCUUGGGGAGGACCCAAGAGGUUUUCCUUAGAUACUUGCUGCUUGGGUGAGGACUACCCCACGCUGCCAAGGAGGUGGUAGCUGGUAGGGAGGAAGAACAUACAGCGCUUUAACAAAGGAGGGUCCACACCCUCUAUACUCUGAGGAUUUCAGGCCUGUCCCCUUGGUUCCCAGGUGCCAUGAGGAAGCCGCGCCGGAAGUCGCGGCAGAAUGCCGAGGGUCGGCGCUCCCCAUCUCCCUACAGUCUGAAGUGCUCACCUACUCGGGAGACCCUGACAUAUGCUCAGGCCCAAAGGAUUGUCGAGGUGGACAUCGAUGGACGCCUGCAUCGAAUCAGCAUCUAUGAUCCACUCAAGAUCAUCACAGAGGACGAGCUGACUGCCCAGGAUAUCACCGAAUGCAAUAGUAACAAGGAGAACAGUGAGCAGCCUCAGUUUCCUGGCAAGUCCAAAAAACCCUCCUCCAAGGGCAAGAAGAAGGAGUCCUGUUCCAAGCAUGCAUCCGGCACUUCCUUCCACCUCCCGCAACCCAGCUUUCGCAUGGUGGACUCAGGCAGCCAGCCAGAAGCACCCCCACUGCCUGCUGCCUACUACCGCUACAUCGAGAAGCCACCUGAAGACCUGGAUGCGGAGGUAGAAUACGACAUGGAUGAGGAGGACCUUGCCUGGCUGGACAUGGUGAAUGAGAAGCGGCGAGUAGAUGGGCACAGUUUGGUGUCAGCAGACACUUUUGAGUUGCUGGUAGACCGGCUUGAGAAGGAGUCCUACUUGGAGAGUCGCAGCAGUGGGGCCCAGCAGUCACUCAUUGAUGAAGACGCCUUUUGCUGUGUGUGCCUGGAUGACGAAUGCCACAACAGCAAUGUCAUUCUCUUCUGUGAUAUCUGCAACCUGGCUGUACACCAGGAGUGCUACGGUGUCCCCUACAUCCCUGAGGGCCAGUGGCUCUGCCGCUGCUGCCUACAGUCUCCCUCCCGACCUGUGGACUGCGUCCUCUGCCCCAAUAAGGGCGGCGCCUUCAAACAGACCAGUGAUGGGCACUGGGCCCACGUGGUGUGUGCCAUCUGGAUCCCUGAAGUCUGCUUCGCUAACACCGUGUUCCUGGAGCCCAUCGAGGGCAUUGACAACAUCCCACCUGCCCGCUGGAAACUAACCUGUUAUAUCUGCAAGCAGAAGGGGCUGGGUGCAGCCAUCCAGUGCCAUAAGGUGAACUGCUACACGGCCUUCCAUGUGACAUGUGCACAGCGGGCUGGGCUCUUCAUGAAGAUUGAGCCCAUGCGUGAGACCAGCCUCAAUGGCACCAUCUUCACAGUACGCAAGACCGCCUACUGUGAGGCCCACUCGCCGCCAGGUGCUGCCACUGCUAGGAGGAAGGGUGACUCCCCUGGAAGCCUCAGUGAGGCUGGGGAUGAGGAAGGCCUGAAGGAGGGCUGUGGAGAGGAGGAAGAGAAGGAAGAGGUAGAAGAAGAGGAGGAAGAUGAAGGCCAAGGCGGGGUAGGUGGCCCCCUCAAGGGAGUGCCCAAGAAGAGCAAGAUGACUUUGAAGCAGAAAAUCAAGAAGGAGCCAGAGGAAAUGGGCCGAGAUACACCGUCCACUGUCCCCAUGGUCACUGUCCCACAGAUCCCCUCAUAUAGGUUGAACAAGAUCUGUAGUGGUCUCUCCUUUCAGAGGAAAAACCAAUUCAUACAGCGGCUUCACAACUACUGGCUAUUGAAGCGGCAGGCACGGAACGGUGUCCCCCUCAUCCGGCGCCUGCAUUCCCACCUGCAGUCCCAAAGAAACGCCGAGCAGCGAGAGCAGGAUGAGAAGACCAGUGCAGUGAAGGAAGAGCUGAAAUACUGGCAGAAGCUCCGGCAUGACUUGGAGCGGGCGCGGCUGCUGAUUGAGCUGAUUCGGAAAAGAGAGAAGCUCAAGCGAGAACAGGUCAAAGUCCAGCAGGCCGCGAUGGAGCUGGAGCUUAUGCCGUUCAAUGUUCUGCUGAGAACCACACUGGACUUGCUGCAGGAGAAGGAUCCGGCACACAUCUUUGCCGAGCCUGUCAACCUGAGUGAGGUUCCAGAUUACCUGGAAUUCAUAUCCAAGCCAAUGGAUUUUUCUACCAUGAGGCGGAAGCUGGAGUCCCACCUGUACCGCACCUUGGAGGAGUUUGAGGAGGACUUUAACCUUAUAGUUACCAACUGCAUGAAGUAUAAUGCUAAAGACACAAUUUUCCACCGAGCAGCUGUCCGCCUGCGGGACCUGGGAGGGGCCAUCCUGCGGCAUGCCCGGCGGCAGGCAGAGAACAUCGGCUAUGACCCCGAGAGGGGCACCCACUUGCCUGAGUCACCCAAAUUGGAGGACUUUUACCGCUUCUCCUGGGAAGACGUGGACAACAUCCUCAUCCCGGAGAACCGGGCCCACUUGUCCCCGGAGGUGCAGCUGAAGGAGCUGCUGGAGAAAUUGGACCUGGUGAGCGCCAUGCGGUCCAGCGGGGCCCGGACCCGUCGCGUCCGCCUGCUGCGCAGGGAGAUCAAUGCCCUUCGGCAGAAGCUGGCACAGCCACCACCACCACAGCCACCAUCACUGAACAAGACUGUGUCCAAUGGGGAGCUGCCAGCAGGGCCCCAGGGGGAUGUGGCUGUGCUGGAGCAGGCCCCACAGGAGGAGCCAGAAGAUGAUGGGGACAGAGAUGACUCCAUACUGCCUCCCCCACCAACCCUCGAGCCCACUGGGCCUGCACCUUCCCUGUCUGAGCAAGACUCCCCUCCGGAUCCCCCUACUCUGAAACCCAUUAAUGAUAGUAAGCCUCCAAGCCGAUUCCUAAAGCCCAGAAAGGUGGAAGAAGAUGAGCUCUUGGAAAAAUCACCUCUGCAGAUAGGGAGUGAGCCCCUGCAACGCCUGCUCAGUGACAAUGGCAUCAACAGAGUGUCUCUCAUGCCCCCUGAGACCCCUGCUGGUGCCCCACUCAGUGGCGUGGGCCGCCGCACAUCCGUCCUCUUCAAGAAGGCCAAAAAUGGAGUUAAGCUACAGAGGAGCCCAGAUAGGGCCCCAGAGAAUGGUGAGGACCAUGGUACAGUGGGCUCUCCUGCCUCUCCGGCCAGCAUCGAGGAUGAACGGCACUCCCGGAAGCGGCCAAGGAGCAGGAGCUGUAGUGAGAGCGAAGGGGAGAGGUCCCCCCAGCAGGAGGAGGAGACAGGCGUGACCAACGGAUUUGGAAAACACACCGAAAGCGGGUCUGACUCAGAAUGUAGUUUGGGUCUCAGUGGUGGACUGGCAUUUGAAGCUUGCAGUGGUCUGACGCCCCCCAAACGCAGCCGUGGGAAGCCAGCCCUAUCUCGUGUACCCUUCCUGGAAGGUGUAAAUGGAGAUUCUGACUACAGCAGCUCAGGCAGAAGCCUCCUGAUGCCCUUUGAAGACCGCGGAGACCUGGAGCCCCUGGAGCUGGUGUGGGCCAAGUGCCGAGGCUAUCCCUCCUACCCCGCCUUGAUCAUCGAUCCCAAGAUGCCCCGGGAGGGCCUCCUGCACAAUGGUGUUCCCAUCCCUGUCCCCCCUCUGGAUGUGCUGAAGCUGGGAGAGCAGAAACAGGCCGAGGCUGGAGAGAAGCUCUUCCUUGUCCUCUUCUUUGACAACAAGCGCACCUGGCAGUGGCUUCCAAGGGACAAAGUGCUACCCCUGGGUGUGGAAGACACCGUGGACAAGCUCAAGAUGCUGGAAGGCCGCAAGACCAGCAUCCGAAAGUCGGUGCAAGUGGCCUACGACCGUGCAAUGAUCCACUUGAGCCGGGUCCGGGGGCCCCACUCCUUUGUCACCUCCAGCUACCUGUAAGGGUGGGUCCUGGCUUGUGUCUGCCUGCCCUGCCUCUGUCCCAUGCAGCACAGAGGCCCCUUCCUGCCCCAGCCAGUCAUAUGGCCGGCAGCUUCCCCCUUCCAUGGCAGGCCAGGGACUGGGCCGUGUCCUCCCCAUGGGCAAGGCCCCAGUUUUGACCAACUGUAUGGUUCCCCUGGUGGGCCUGCUGUGUGCCAAAAACUCCCACCUGAGCUCGCUCGGGGGGGGCUAGUCCACUGAAGAACCUGUUAGAAGUAGAAAUAGCUGUGAGGCUUGGGCCCGGCCGAGGAGAUGGACCUGAGCCCAGAAGGCAAGAGGUCCUAGGCUCUUUCUCAAAGGUGUGCCUGGCCCGCUCCUUCCCACUCCCAGCUAACUACACCUCAGGGCAAGCGAGGCUCUGACAUUGACCCCAGAGGUGCUGUGGAUACAUGGGAGUCCCGCGGGGAAGCUCACGGAGCUCACCCUCUCUCCCCUCUGUCACCCAUUCUCAUACCUCUUCCCUGCCCCAUCUUCUGCACCAGUGCCGUCUCUCUUUUCCCAUGUUCCUUUCCUUUCUUUUGUGCCAAACAGAAACCAUCACCAAACUGGUCUUUUUCUUUUUAUGUCUCAUUCCCUUUGAGGCCAGCUGCUAUGCUAGGUGGGUCCCUCCACCUGGCUCCUUAGGGCCCAGGACAGAGGCCAGCCUACCACUCGGGUGACCCCUCCACCAGCACACACACCCCUUCCCUAUCUGCUGCAGACACACAGCUGAGGCCAGGCUGUGAAAGCUUGCCCCCUCCCUGUCUUGCUGAGAGGCGGGCCGAGGCUUGACGGGCUCCCGUCAGACCAGGCUGGUUGUGGGAGUGUCCGUCUGUCCACUUGGAUGUUGAGGGGUGUUGACUGAAGCUGUGCUCUUCAGCUGGGUCUGCUCCUCACCCCUGCUGUCCUCUCUCUGUGGGCCUCCCUCUCCACCACCAUGGACGGUGGUGCCCGCGGUCCAGCACCUCCCUGCCUGCGCUCUGCCCAGCCCAGCCUCUGCUGCUCCCGCUCCCAAACUCCGGGGGACACCACACUUAUUUCACGCCCUCUGUCCCCUUCCCUCUCCACCUUUCAACCCCCUCCCCACCUUCACCUUCUCAAAAACGGAAGGAAAAAAACUGUGAAAUGGGAAAUGCUGACUGACAAACCAACACAACUUUCAGAGGCUUUGAGUCUGUUCUCUGGAUGUUUCUUUUCACCUCUUUAGCACCAAAGCCGCAGGGCCAGGUUGCAGGCCACUGAUUGCCAUGUUGAUUUUUAACCUGACGUUCUUUUUAAUUGUUUUAAAUUUUUCAUAGGGGAGUUUUGGACAAAAAAAAAGUCACUGGGGAGAUCACUGCCAUUUUUACACACUCGACUUUUUAAAAAUACAACCAACCAACCACCACAACUUCUUAUACAUUUGGGACACGAGCCAGAGUUUAAAAGGGAACCAACAAAACUCUCUAUAACAUAAAGGAUGGGGUUUUGGAUUUUGUACAAUAAUAAAAAUACAAUACAGCAUAUGGCUAGGGAAGGACAUGGUGUAUAUAAUUGUAAAAUACUGUUCUAAAUUAUUCAGGCCUAUAGUUUCCAUUACUGGAGUCCUCCAUUGUGUGGCUGAGUAUUUUAAAUGCACACAGUGUGGUUUAUUUAAAGGAGCCAAUGCGUCCCCCUCUCCCCAGGUAGUCGGUCAGCUGUGGACUCUGUGACUUUUGUCUCAACCUGUGUUGUUAAGAUCUCGGGGCUCUCUCUCUCUCUCUCUCUCUCUCUGUGUCUCUUUCCCCCAACACUUUCUCUUUCUAGUCUUUCUUUUUUUUCAAUCUCCUUGACUCUUUCAGUCUCUUUCUGAGUCUCAUCUUUAAAACUGCUCUUUUAGAACGGGAAGCGGCUCAGAUCCUGCUGUGGCAUGGGGCCUACGUGUCUCAGUCGCGUCUGCUGUGAAGCACACGAUGCUCUAUUUAUUGUAGAAAGUGACUUUAUUUGCUUUCUAGAAUUGUUUAUAACAGAUGGUAUAAGAGAGGUAAUAAACAGAGAAAACUCUAUGCUUGUAAAGAAUACAAAAGUUAAUUUUACCUACUAUAAUAUGACUGUCUGAAACUUAUUUUCUCUCUGAGAAAUAAAUGUUCUAAUGGGCAGCA